AUGCCUCGUUCUGAUCAUCUUCUACAUAUGCCACGUGUAUGGGACACAAUCUUCAGGCACGAUAAUGAUAAUGCUGUGCCUCCCGAGGCAUGGAAGCUGCUACGGCGGCGCUUACACUGCCGUAAAGAGGAAUUCGAUAAAAACAGAGAAUCGAUGGAGCCCGAUCUUUCUCAUCAUCGGCAGUUGCAGCAGCAGCAGCAGCAGCUGAACACCGGCCUGAUGCGGUACCGCUCUGCGCCAAGCUCGCUGCUUGCUAAUUUCGUCGAUGGUAUAGGUGAAGGGUGUGAGGAUUUUCUUCCUCAUUCUUCUAGCCCUGAUGCAGAGAGCAUGUUUGCAAGGUUCAUGUCUGGCAGCGGUGGUGAUUCUGACGAUCUCCAUGAAAUCAGAGAGAAAGAGGCGGCAGCAGCUGCUGCUGCUGCUGCAAACCAAAGAAGCUCUCAGUUCAUGGCGGCCCUCGAGCAUGAGGCUGAAGCUGUUCCACAGCAGAACGGAUUUUCUUCUGCCCAACAGAUCAUGUACCAGACACCGCCGCCGCUGCCUAAUCACAGCUCAGCUGCAGCAGCUGCAGUUGAUAGCACUUAUAGGGUGGUGAAUUCAAUAGGGAUGGAUUCACCACCGGUGAAGAGUAGCAGCAACUCCUCCAACCUUAUCAGGCAGAGCAGCUCUCCAGCAGGGCUUUUUCCGCACCUAACAGUUGAAAACGGUUAUGCUAUAAUGAGGAGCAUGGGCAAUUUCAGAUCUGGGAAUGGUUCCAAUGGAGAAGCUACCACUUCAACUAGCAGGUUGAAGAAUCAGACAAGCUUCUUAUCAAGACAAACUUCCUCUCCAGGGUUGUUGGCCCAGAUAUCCGAAAUGAAGAGCGAAAACCUUGGUGUGAGUAGCCCCGACGAUGGGAAUUUGGGAAAUGAUAACAGCGGCAAUUGUUACAUCCCAGGCUUCCCUGUUUCACCUUGGGAUGAUUCCCCGCUUGGGGAGAAUUACUCUGGCUUUAAAAGGGGUAGAGAUAUCAAUGGGAAGAUGAUUUCUGGUUUAAAUCCAUCAGAAACACAGAAUGGGAAGGCAGGAAAUCACUUGAGCCAUCAGUACAGUUUGCCAAACACUUCGUCGGAGAUGGCUGCCAUGGAGAAGUUCCUGCAAUUUCAAGAUUCAGUUCCUUGCAAGAUCAGAGCCAAACGAGGUUGCGCCACUCAUCCGCGGAGCAUUGCCGAGAGGGUUAGACGAACCCGGAUAAGUGAACGGAUGAGAAAAUUGCAGGAGCUUGUUCCUAACAUGGAUAAGCAAACGAACACUGCGGAUAUGUUAGAAUUGGCUGUGGAUUACAUUAAGGACCUACAAAAACAGGUGAAGACGCUUUCGGACAACCGAGCAAGCUGUAGCUGUUCAUCAUCCAAGCAAAAGUCUUACCCAAAUCCUGCAGUGUGACUUUAUUGUACAGAGAAAUAACGACCAAGGGUUGAGAUUUCACUAGGGGAAAAAGAGAGAGAAGGUGGCCCACGCAAAAAAAGACAGAAAAAAAAAAGGCGGUGAGAUUCUCCGCGAUUAGAUCUAGUAGGUUAACAGCUUCCCGUUGACGACGCAAAGUGUAUAGCAUGUCCAAAUCAUACUUCUCUGUUGUAUGUAAUUUACUUGUUUUAAUUAAUAGUUGAUCAUCAGCUUAGAAGAACA